AUGAGAGGAUGGAGAGAGGUUUCUGUUGGUUCUGCCCAUAAAAGAGAGAGAGGGUGAGAUGGGAGGAGAGAGAACGAGAGAGAUGGUGAGAAGGGGCAGCGUGAGGCACGAGGUGUCAGAGCCUCUGACCAUGGCACCAGGCAUUAAUUUGGCGCCUUUCUAAAAUUUCAAAGCGGGGAGGAGGUUGCGGGGAGGAGGUUGUGCAUCAUCAAAGCCGUUGAAAUAGGAUUUGAUCCUCACCAUCGGGCGCACUAAUAGCAUAUACGCGAACCGGCUAACACAUGCAUUUUCCUAUAUAUAUAUAUGAAAAUACCACUGGGAUAUUUUCGUAGGAAAUAUGCUGGGGAAGAAGGCUCCAUGCUCGGUUCUACAACAGCCAGAAAUGCAAUUACUCCCAUGACAUUUACCACAGGAAUCAAUAUUGAGCGCUUACGGUGUGGGGACUCAAGACUAGUCGAUCGAUUGUAUAAUGACCAAAACAUGGCUUCAUGUUAAAGUGUGAGACUUGAAUUCUGAAUAUUUGGACAAGGCUAUGGUUGUGAGGAUGGAGGCCUGACUAUUCAGCAGUUAUGCUUAGGUCAAUACUGGAUCAAUUGCUAUGAAUUAGAGUUGCCGACUUUCAGGAUGAACCAGACAUUAGUUCUGGGAAUGCACCCAUUAGUUGGUGGUGGAUUUGUAGUACAGUGAGAACUUGAAAGGACUGUCUUGUUGCUGAAGCCUUUGCACAUUGGUAUGUUGUGGACUUUGGAAACAACGAUACCAAUAUGCUUGAUAACCGUAGUUUGGACCCACAUUUUUUCUUUGGUGGCCCCUCUAUGAGCUUAAUGUGAAGAAUGUCUUUCUUUAUCGGAUAAUAUUUAAAAGGAUGUCAUAUGGAACUUCCUCAAAGGUUGAUCCUUUAGGGCAUGUUUAUUUGGUGGGACUUUUUGGAAGUGGGAGCCAAAAGUCCUACCAAACCAUUUCUCCAGCAUUUGAUGGAAAAGAAAUGCCGCCAGUCCAUGCAUGUCCAAAUAUGGGCUUCUCUUUGGAAGACACUCUCCCACCCCCCAUGUAAAAAUCUCCCUUCUUCCCGAAACGAUCCUCCUUCCCUUUCCAUGCCACCAAACCCCAGCUGCUCGUAUCUCUCUCUCGGGUUCCAGGUCUGUAUCAGAUUCUUUCUUAGCAGAAUGUCAGAAUACGAAAGUGUGGUCAAGGGGAAGCUGAAGUUGAAAGGAAAAGCUUUAGAUGUUAAGGUAGGGGGUUUGAAAAAGAAGAAGAAGAAGAGCAAAAGUAGCUAUGAGUCCAUAUCUCAAACAACAUUAAGUGAGCUUUCAUCAGGAACACAAGAGCUAUCAUCUGAACCGACUCAUGAAGAAAGCGAGGAUAAGAUGGAGAGUGAAGUGAAUCCAUCCCUUUAUGAUGAUCAUCUCACACCAGCUGAAAGGCGAUAUAUUGAACAGAGGGCAAACCUUGAUGUCAAUAGGCUGGCCAAGGAAGCCGAUAAAUCACACAGGGAUCGCAUUCAGGACUUCAACCAAUAUCUUGCUAACCUCAGUGAACACUACGACAUUCCGAAAGUGGGUCCUGGAUAAUGUGCUCUCUCUCUCUCUCUCUCUCUCUCUCUCUCUCGUGUGUGCGUGUGCCUGUGUGAAACUGUCCAUGGAGGAUAUUAAUAUUGAAAAUUGAAAAUAUGUACUAUGUCAAAUUCUGAAUUUGGAUGUUUUUCCCAGGAUCUGUAUUUCCUUUUUUUGAUUUCUGGUAUCUUUUCCUCAAGGGUGCAACUAAUCAUUCCUGUUUCUGAUCAUUAAAAAUGAGAGAUUCAUGUGUAUAUUGAAAUUUGAUACCGUAUUAGGACCAA